CUCUCUGUUUGCCAAUUCCUCUAUGUUUGUGUUUGGUCUCCUUUUUUGAGGGACUUUGUACUGUUAACAUAUCUUUCAAACAUCAGUUCUUUGGUUGACAAAGAAAGCUUUUUUUUUUUUUUCAGUUCCUCUUUUAAGAAUCUGAUAUGGAAAACAAAAGUCAAGUGAAUGGUUCUUCUUCUUCUUCAUCUUCUUUACAUCAUCUCUUUUCUCCUAAGGACUCUCCUUCAUUAUCCUCCACUAGUGAGAUUCUUGGUAGUAUUUUCCCACCUCCACCACCGGUUCAAGGGAAGGACUCUAUUCACUCAGAUCAUACCACAGAUGGAAAGGGACAAAGCAAUGGCACAACCAACAAUGACAAGAGUUCAUCCAUUUAUCACAGUGAAACAAUGGAACCUUGCUAUCUCAGCUCAUCUAUCUACUAUGGAGGCCAAGAAUAUUAUUCUCCAAAGCAGCAAACCACUGAUGCUCCCCUAUAUUUCAGGAAGGAAGGGGAAGAAGAUGAUCCCAUUGGAAUCAAUUCUAAUGGUGCUUCAAGGGGCAAUUGGUGGCAGGGCUCACUGUAUUACUAACGUCUCCAUCCAAAAUAAUGCAAAUGUGUCAACUCAAGGAAUGGUAGAGUUUGAUCAACCUUAUUAUUCUGGAUAAUAAGCUAGUAGAUAGCUACCAUAAUAGUAGAAGCAUAUACAUGUAUAUGUAUAUGUAUUUGAAUGUAUCUAGGUCAGUGUGUGUGGCAUCUUGUUCUUCUACUUUUGUUUUGGUUGCCUAGUCUUAUCUUCAUGUACUGAACUAUGCUAGUGGGAAAUUUUCCCACUAGGAAAUCUAUUAAUAUAGCUAUAAUAUUGACGUAUACAUUA